ACGCCUGCGCGUCACUGCCUGACGCCAAGGGUUGGGGUGUGCAGGGCGCAGAAGUUAUACUGCUUUAAACUUACAUACUCAGAACUUUAUUUUUUAUUUUUAAUAACUUUAUCUUGCAUUUUAUUUCAUAAACUGUCAUAUUCAUAUUUUUAGUUUUUAACCAGAUCGUCAAAACAACGAAAGAUGAUUGACCAGGUGACCGGAGCAGGGGCUUUGCCCUUUGCCGUCCAGCUCAAGGCUCUUCUGGACCAAGAAGCCAGAUAUCAGCCCAAACUCAGUGGACUCCGAAUCAUCGAGUCCGCUCAGGAUAACGGUCUGAGAAUGACCGUCAAAUUGAGAGACUUUCAAGUCCGAGAACUCCUCUCCUUGACGCGAUUCUUCGGCUUCAGUUCGGAGACGUUCUCCCUCGCUGUGAAUCUUAUAGAUCGUUUCCUGGCUGUGAUGAAGAUUCAGCCCAAACAUCUGGCCUGUGUGGGUCUCUGCUGCUUCUACAUCGCUGUGAAGACGUCUGAAGAGGAGAAGAGCAUUCCUUUAGCCAGUGACCUCAUCAGGAUCAGCCAGAACCGCUUUACGGUCCAUGACAUGAUGAGGAUGGAGAAGAUCAUUCUGGAAAAGCUCUACUGGAAGGUCAAAGCUCCAACCGCCCUUCACUUCCUCAGAUUCUUUCACUCUCACAUCCAACAGCAGGUGGACGCAGAAAGUAAGCGGAUUCUGAACAUUGAGAGGCUCGAGGCUCAGUUGAAGGCUUGCCAUUGCUCUUUUACUUUCACUAAAAUCAAGCCUUCGCUGCUCGCUUUGUCGCUUCUGGCCCUGGAGAUCGAAGAUCAGCACGAGUGUGAGCCAGUUCCUGCUCUGAAAGAGGUUCUGAAUGGUCUACAGGAGAGUUUGACUGUUAAAGCUGGAGAUCUGGUUUGCGUGAGGGAGCUUGUUGCCAAAUGCCUGGCUGAAUAUGCCACCACCAAGUGCCUGAAGCCAAACGGCCAGAGACUGCGAUGGAUGAUUUCGGGUAGAACCGCCAGACAGCUGAAGCACAGCUACUACAAGAUUGCCCAUCUACCCACAAUUCCAGAAUACGCUUGUUAAGACUGUAAGCGUUGCGUGCCCAUAACUGAAACCUCUAAAUCCAGUCUUGUGAAUGCUUUACUGCUUGUAAUCUGCGUUAUGGGCACCCAAUGCUAAUCUAACUUCGGUUUUCCUUUCCUCAGUCUUCAUAUUAUCUUUAACACCUGCUAUGAUUGUAUUUAUUUUACAUCCGCACUGAUUACUAGUCAAGGGUGACUUUCAGCAAGUUGAUCAGAUGGGUUACACUGGUGAGGCUUGCACAUGUACAGUAUGUUCAUUUGAAUCGGCGCAAGACGCGCCGGUCGUUUAAAGCAAUGAAGUAUAGAACCGCCUAGGUCCUCAGUCCACCGUGUGGAAGAGGAGGGAGAAGGGUUUUGUGAUUCGAGACAACAACGGAACCAAGAGAUCAGGCCCAAAACCCUUAACUCCCACCCUAGGUUGUCAGCUGUCGUAAUGCACACUCCUACCCAAGGUGAUGAAACGAGAUGUUUUUUUGUUUUCUUUUCUUCAUGAUGCCGUUCUGCUUAUGAAAUCUGGAUGGCUAUGGAAACAGGUUUUAACUUGAUUUAAUGCGCUUCUAAUAGAGAGAAAAUCACUAAUUACUUCGUACUAACUGACCAGGCUGAAGCUCAUUUUACAUUUGGUUAUUACUGCAGUCUUAUGUAACCAUGACCAUUUGUUUUAUACCUGGUAUAAAUUAAACUCUAACAAAAGGAAAAAAAUGAGUGCUACAAAUAAAGCGGAUUGAAUUUAA